AGACACAACUCUUAUUCAAAUCAGCCGCAGCGAGCAUCUGGAGGUUUUGGAGAAGAACAACUUUUGAAGACUUUUUAAACUUGAUUUCAAAGCUUUUUCUGCAGUCAUGGCACCAAUUCUACUUAACUGUAUGGGGAAUGACCACACAGAUUAUAUCAAACAACUAGUCCAAGUGAAAAAUCCCUACUUGGACACCAUGGAGGAGGAUAUUCUCUACCACUUAAGCUUGGGCACCAAGACUCACAAUCUUCCAGAAAUGUUUGGAGAUAUUAAGUUUGUGUGUGUUGGAGGCAGCGCGAAUCGAAUGAAGGCUUUCGCCCAGUUCAUGCACCAGGAACUGGAACUACCUGGAAACCCGGAGGAAGUCAGAGAUAUCUGCGAGGCAACUGAUCGCUACUGCAUGUACAAAGUGGGACCAGUGCUCUCUAUAAGUCAUGGAAUGGGUGUCCCUUCCAUCUCCAUCAUGCUGCAUGAGCUCAUCAAACUGCUGCACCAUGCUCAGUGCCUUGACGUGGUUCUGUUUCGCCUUGGAACAUCUGGUGGUGUUGGUCUGGCUCCUGGUACUGUGGUGGUGACAGACAAAGCAGUGGACUACUCCUUCCGCCCCCAGUUUGAGCAGGUGGUUCUGGGUAAAGUUAUCACCAGGAGCACUGAGCUGGACGAAGGAGUGGCCAAUGAGCUUCUGCAGUGCUCCUCUGAGCUUCAAAACUUUCCUACAGUGAUUGGAAACACCUUGUGCACCCAUGACUUUUAUGAAGGUCAAGGCCGACUCGACGGAGCUCUUUGCUCCUUCUCUCAUGAAGACAAACUGGAGUAUCUGAGGAAAGCUUACGAUGCCGGAGUGAGGAAUAUCGAAAUGGAGUCCUCCGUAUUUGCGGCUAUGUGCCGUGUCUGUGGCCUCAAAGGGGCUGUAGUCUGUGUUGCUUUGCUGAACCGCUUCGAGGGAGACCAGAUCACCGCCUCUCAUGAUGUUCUGGUGGAGUACCAGCAGAGACCUCAAGUCCUGGUGUCCCACUUUAUCAAGAAACACCUGGGACUAGUUGUAUGAAAUGCCUACAUCUGUAUGUAUAUAUACUGUAUUUAACCUGUUAAUAUGUGAAUUAGACACUUAUUUAAAAAGUUGAUAUGAUUUGUAUGAUUUAAAUGAUGAAGAAUGUUGCAUAUGUAUAUGAAAGUAUGUAUCUUAUUGUUUAAUAUUUAAUACUCUGGUAUUUAUGUAAGGUAACAUUAAUAUUCUAAAGAACAUGGUGAUUUUAAUAUUUUUCUUGCACUAUUUUUCUUGAUGUAACUCAUCAAAACAUGUUGGGCGUAUCAGGAAGUUGGGAAAUGAUUUGCCUCCAUUGGAGGUUUGCAGUCUUAUAAAGACUACUUAUAAAGAUUGUUCCUCUUUUUUGCUUGUUAGAUGAGAAAAACUUAUUAUUCCUUAGUAAUUGUUCUCAUGAUACAGGAAGAGGGCCAGAGACAUAUAUUACAUUUAGUUGUUUCUGCCACACAAGCUUGUUUAUGCAGGCAAAAUUCCCUAAAGAAACAUAAACGCUUAAUACAUAUUAGUAAAUGUGCAGAGAGGUCAUCCUAAUCUGUUAGAGGCACAUGUUUAUUGUCACUCUGUGAUACUGUAUGCUACUGUAUUUCCAUGAAAUGUGUUGUAGAGUAUAAAACUUUCAAUAAAAGUAAAUAAUAGUAA